CUUCACCCUAGCAACGUCACUAUCAGUUAAGCGUCUGUAGUAAAGAUGGCGACCAAGCAGAUUGAGAAAGAGCCUGCCAAUGCAGUACAUCAAAAUAGCAUUCUGUGUGAAACCAUCAAAAAGGAAGGCAGAUGCCAAAAGUUGUAUACCAACUAUGGAAUCAAUCCAUUUAGAAAAAGUAACAUAUAUUGAAUAGUUAAACGUAUAAUAAAGUGGUGUUUAUGUUACAUCGGCCUAUGGGCCUAUUUAUAUAAUAUAAAAUUAAAUUACUUAAAUUUAUUAUUAUUAAUAUAUUAAUACUAUAUUAAUAUAAUUUAUAAAUUUAAUAUUAUAAUAUAUAUAUAUAUAUUUUCUACAUAUAUUUUUAAAUUCGAUUAUAUUUUAGAUUAGUAAAAGCUAGGGCCAGAGCCUAUAUCAAUUUAUAUUUAUACUAAAUUAAAUGUUUAUAUAAUAAUUUAUAGUAUUCAUUUACUAAAAUUUAUGUUAGUAAUUGUUUUAUUAGGCCCAGACUAUUAUGACUAUACUAUAAUUUCUAUAACUUUAAAAAAAAAAAAAUUAUAACUGAUUUAAUACAGAUAGUUGAGACAGUUAGAGGUCUUCAACUCAUCUAUAAAUAUAAUUCGCCAACAAAGGUCAAACAAGACGAGUCAAACACCAAGCAGGCUAUUUAUAGAUACGCUAGAGCUUGGUUCAAUAACGACUUCAAUAGCGCGCAAAAUAAAAAUUCUGAUAACUACGCUUAAUGAUAUAUAUCUAUUUUUAAUAAUGCGAUUGCGUUUGGUGCGUAAUAUUUUCUUUUGGGAAAUGAAAUCGUUUCAAUUUAAGUAUUGUGUCAAAAAUAUUCGGUUUAAAAGUUGUUGGGACAUGAGAAUAUUAAUAUAGUUCAUGGGCGUGAAAUAAAACGUGUGCAGUGACGUAUCAUGGGGGAAGGGGUGUAGCAAGUAUUGGGAUUCUUAAAUGUGCGUUACUUGAGUUCAAGUUGUCGCAAGUAACUUUAGUGUAUGAUUGGAAGUUGGAAGUUCACGCACUGCUGCCCCUAAAGUUUGGCGGGCUAUAUCACAGUUGUAUCCUUAAACCAACCCCAUUUGGACAACUGUGUCUUUCACGAAGUCUUCACUCAUCUAUGAGCAAUUCUGCGGCGUAUGCUAAGCCACGGGCCGACUAGUUAUUAAUAUUAAUUUUAUUUUUAAAAAAACAAAAUUAAUUUGUUGAAAUGUUUCUUUUGCAGUCCAUGUUAUAGCUGGGAAGCCUAAUUCAAGGCAUGAUACUGCAGAAGGGGAAGAAGACAGUAAGUUAUCAUAUUAUUAUUAUUAUUUAUAAAAUGCACAAGCACAAGCUUUUUAUUUUAAAAACAGUAAAAUUUAACUAAAGAAAAGGGACUGAUGAUCAUUCUAUAACAACAUGCAUUUAAAUAAAAUCCAGUUGUGCCCUAACCUCUUUGACUCAUAAAUCAAAAUAAACACAAAAAUGUGACAAAUUGUGUUCAUUCACAAAAACUUUUGUAGUUGUAAUAAAAUAUCUAUAAUUUCUUUUCCAAUGAAAUGUAAGAUGUUAUUUUACCAUCUAAUUUUGGUGGUCGAAUCCAUAUAUCUUUAUAAGAUAGUUGUGCCAACAUCACUUGUCAUAAUCAAAUUCAGGAAUAAAAAUUUGUUACUGCAAAAUCAUGGAGGCUGACAUUUAUUAUUAUAAAGACACUUAUAUCAACUACCGGUACCUGUUAAAUAUCUAAUAUAUUUGCUUGCAAUAGUGAUUACAGCACUAUUAAGUUAGUUAGAUUAGAACUAUUACUAUUUUUAUGAUAGCAUUCCAAGGCCAAGGCAUUCAGUCAUGAUGGAAUUUGUAAGGUUUUAGCUUUAUUAAAGUGUUGAAUUUAUUAUUCUAGCAAUACCCCAGCAUAUACAAAAUCAAUCAAAAUUUAAAGAUAUUUCACUUACGUGUGACUUAGAAGUGAAUUGUUUUGUGAAAAUUUUGAUGUUCAUUAAUAUUAAAACCAAGAUGAAAUUACAUUUCAGGCCAUUUUCUAGAUGUUAUUAAAAGAGCUAACCAAGAGCCAGUCAAGAAAUAUCCAUUUCCACAGACAGAGUCACAAGAAUAUGGAUGGAUUAGCAAGCCAUUGGUAUGGGGGGCAAAAGAAGGGAUGAAAAUUGAAUUAUGUCAUAGAAUAUAAAGGGAGCCUUCUGUAAAAACAUACACAAAUAUUUCCCCACAAUACAUCACAAAUUUUUUUACUGUAUAUCAUUAGACCUCCCCUCCCCCAACCUCCAAAAUUUACACAGCUUUUAGUUAAAACAUUUAAUAUAUAUUUAAUACAUUCAGUAUUCAGCACAUACUUAAAAAAUUUUUUGUUGUAGAUCACACUCAAACUGUCAAACUCAAAUGGCGUACCUGCACCUUUUUUCUAUGGAUAUUCCAUGUAAAUUUUGAAAAUUUGAUGUUUGUUCCAAAUGCACUUUAAUCGCAAUGUCAAGCAGAAUAUUAAAAAUGGUGCAUGCAGGCUACUUGUGUGUUAAUUCCAAUGCAUAGUGUAUACAAUAUACUUCGUCCAUGCUGGUUCAACGGUGGUUCUCAUGGCACUGCUCAGCUUGUCAUUGGUCAUGUCAAUGCAAGCUGGGUGCUUGCUACAUGUGGCGACUGUUAUGUUUUGUUAUACAACGGACCUGUGUAGUUGUGUGUCCACUGAUUGAGUAUGUGCAAACAGUAAAGUGGGUGGGGGGCGACACGUCCAGGUAGGCACAUUUUUCAUUAUAUUGAGGGGUGGAAUUUUCUGCCAACUGCACAGUUUUUUCAUGCAAGGGGGUGGCAAAAAGCUACACUAACCCUUGCAAACCCACUGCAUGGAAUGAUAAUUAAUUUAUUCUAAAUAAUUUUUUAUGAAAUGGAAAAAAAAUUAUGAAUUACUUUUCAACCACCUGUCCUGGAAUUAAAGAGGCCAUAAUAUUAACAGAAACAAAGACAGAACACAUGAAAAUAAUGAUUUUGAGAUGCAAAGAUCUUACUUGGACAAAUGACUGGCUGGAUCUAUUGAUUUAAUUAUUUUUGUUUAAAGAAAGGGCCAUCCAUAAAUUAUGUCACACUAUUUUGACCCAUUUGAACCACCCCAUCCCCCCAAAAAAUCAUCACUAAUUUCAAGACACCCACAUAAAAUAUAGUCACAAAAUUGUGACCAUCCACCCCCCUUCAACCCCAAUGUAUGUCAUCAUUACAGAUAAACAAGAUGUGAGUACUGGCACCUUUUUUAUUUACCGGUCCAAAAAGAAGCACUGCUUAAUUUAAAAUAUAUUUUUUUUUUAUUAAAUCAAGAUCAAUAGUAUUUGUAAAAAUGACUUAUUUUUCAGAAUUUUUUUUUAAACCAAAGCUUUUCUAUCAUCCAUAAAAGUUAUUAUGUCAACUUUGAUAUUUAUCGAAAAGAAUUCUUUAUUUUAGAAAAAACAGUAACUAUAAUAAUAAUUUCCAAUUUGCUUGUCAUCCCCUCUUUCAUUGCGCACCUUGCUGUGCUCUCGUUCACUGCUCCACUCAAAUAUGCACAAAAUGAACACAAAAAAACAUCUAAAUUAUCAAUUUUUAUGCAAUGAGUGAUUGUACUUUAAAUGACCUGGCAAUAAUAUUUGAAUUGGAGCUACAAACAUGCAAUGAACAGUAUUUUAUUUUACGCAUGCAAGAACAUGGUUGGGUUACUAUAGCUAGUAAAUAAUUAUGUACAGUACAGAAUCUAUUCAAGGUUUGAUGAAAAAUGUUUUGUAAAAGGUAAUUUUGACUAAAUUCAAAGAAAUGAUAGAAAACAAAACAGAAUGUGCAAGAAUAAGGUUAUUUAGUGUAACUAUUAGUAAUGCCGGUAAAUAAACUAGUUAUCAGGCAUAUCAGCUGGUGUUGCGUUUGGACGAUGUUUUUUAUCUUUUAAUUUUGAACCAAUCCUCCCAAAAUCUCCUAACCCAAACACCUCAUAAAAAUCAAUGGAUAUGCAAUUUACAGAUAACUCCUAAAUGAUAAUACAGAUGAGCUAGUUGACUUUCACUAAAUUAUUUAGCAGUUUGAAAAGUUUUAAAUUUUAAGUUAAAACGAAAUACAUUUUAAUUUUCACAAUGAAAAGGUUUGAACUUGCAUAUAGAGCUUUAAACUGCUUGAGGUUAUGGCUACUGGUGUUUAUAUUAUUUUGGUGGGUGUAAAUCAAAAACGUUAAGAAUUAACUUACACUGAGUGAAUGUAUGUAAUUUUUUGUUUUCUUGACAAGUUAUAUAGCAAUGUAAAAUAAUGUCCCAUCCAUAUUCUCUCUUUGAUUACAGAUUGAACAUGAUCAUAAUGACAGAAGAUUAAAUUUCUACCGCCAUAAUUCAAGCAUAACAAAAUACAUGGACAAAGCAUGGAGCUUGAAGGAUCAGCAGCAAGGAGUGGCCAUAAAGCCUGCAAAAUGAUUUCCUUCAUUUGUGUUGGGAAAAAAAGUAUGGCUAAAAAAAUGCAUGCUUAAAUAAAAUGAAUGCAAUAUCUGUAAAUAAGAUAGACACCCAUUUCUGAUAUAUUUAUUUAAUUUUUAAAAUUUUUAUUUACAGUUUCAAAAGAAAUUGGACUCAGGUUUACAACUGAAAAUUAAAAAAUACUUACAAUAUUAAAUGAAUAUUCCAAAUUAAAAGGAGAAAAAACAUUUCUUUAAAAUGAUAUGAAUGCUGCUUGAUAUUUAUUUUGUGUUUUUAACUGAUAUAUUGACUUUUUCACUCAGAUCCAUUUUUUAAGUGAAAAUUUUAUGUACAAUAUUACAUUCGUCAUCAUUUGUUGAUUACCUGUUUUGUACCAUGGUUGGAUGUUAGAUUGCUUAAAUUUAAAUAUUGGUAGGUUAAACAGACAAUAAGUGAAAUGUAUUAUUUAGUGGUUCUCUAAGAUAGCACAAGAAAAUAAAUACAAGCAUAUAUGAUUUGUAGCCACUGAAAGUGUUUCAUUUUAGCAGCUUAGAUUCUAGUAACUAUUAGAUUCUGUGUCAGUUUAUUUAUAACGCAGGCAAUACAAACAAAGUCAACUAAACAACACUUAAAUAAAUGGACAACACCAUAUAAAUUACAAUACAAUUAUUUUCGUUUAUUUUUCAUUACUUUUCUCUUGCUUUUUCCUGGCCUCUUUCCUUGUGAUUUUCCCUGAGAUAUAUAAAUGUUUUGUAAAUGAGAUACAAUGAAAAAUGUGAAUGAAAAUUUGAUAAAUACAAAUGAAAAGUGUAUGUGUUUUGUAAAUAAAGUGCGUUAUUUUACUUUUAUCACCAGCACAUUUAAAAACGUAUCGUCAGAUUUCCAAAAAAUGAAAGGAAGUGUGUCAUAUGCAUUUGAUAUAUUUAUAGUUUUCACUUAAAGAUGCAUCUUUGGUGUCACAUGUAAAAUAAAUGAAAUAAAUCAUGCUGAUCAAUGUAUUUUUCAAAAUAAAGAGCAAUAAAUACCUGGAACUUUU